AUGAAUAUCGAAUAAAUUUUAGAGAAAUAAGAAAAUGCAAUUCUUGAAAGUGGGUCUUAAUUGCUUCCAACUUUUUCUUACUGGUAGCAAACUAAGAAUAAUUUGGAAGAAUACUUCUAUCUCACCAGGAGUAUUUCAUCUCUUUGUCUAACUCCAUUUAAAAAAGGCAUGACCAUCAUUACACGAUUAUGCGAACGGACUUGUGAUAAAGACAAAUAACUUACUCAUCUUUAUGAUUUCACCGAUGUUAACACUAUGCAUAAAUAACUCGAAUUUGAUUAAGUUUGCUCCCAUAAAUAUUUCACAAAACAUUAAACCACUUUUAGAGUUGGAACACAUUAAGAUAUCUUAGAUAAUCUGGUAAGUGAUGUGUAAGGAUAUGGUAGUUUUUCCAAAAAUUUAAUAAUGCCACGUUAAUCUUUGAAGACGGACAUGAUUUACCGCUUAAAUUAGAAAAGGCUAUGAAUGCUACUCUUAGCACUCAUUCUACAUCUUAAAUGAUUAAGGCUUUCUUAGUAACUUAAAAAACUCCUUCUAAAUGGGAUCAAUAAAUGAAUCACAAACUCAAAUUAUUCACCAAAUAAUUUCAGUCCAACAACAGCUUUCAAACUUGCACCAUCACACAAUAAUAAUAUAACAUUUUAAUGCCUAUAAUAGCUUUUGGAAAGCAUAUCGUCUAAUUUGCAUAAGUAAUACGUUUUUUAAACUAUUAGGCUCUCAAUAACCAAAAGGAUGAAUUUAUUUUUGAAUCUAAUAAAAUUGCCUAAAUUCUAACAUAAUGUACUUAGAGAAUCCCAGAUUCUGAAUUUUUUUCUUAAUUAUAACAAUAUUUUGUUAAAUCAGAUGGAUCUUUUACUAAACCUAAGUAUCCAUGUAUAGAUUCUUCAAACUAUGAAUAAUAUUUGGAUGAAAUAUAUAAUCUACCAUAAAGAUACCUCUUUUAAUAAUGGUAUAUUUUUAUCAAAUAAACUUUUGAAUUAUCAGAUUCCACUGAACAGGAUAUAAUAGUAUAACAAUAAUAAUCACGCAAUUAAGUACUUGCUCCAACUCUGGAUAAAAUAUCUGUUGAUAAAUCUAUUUUGGCAACUGAACAACAAAAUUAUAAGGAUUAUAAAUUAGUUUUAUUUAUUGAUAAUAUUUAAAACUCUUACAAUUUAAAUCUAUUAUGUUUAAAUCCACUUAGCGGAAUGAAUAAAUUACAAAAUAAUGGAGUUUAAAAUAUAAUUAUAAUAACCUAACAUUCAUACCCAUCUAAAUUAUAUAAGACUGAGUUUAACAUCUCUUUUUAAUUUUAUCCUCAAAUUCCUGUUUAUGAUUUGAAAAUUAAUCAAGCCCUAAUUAGUAAAGUUCAAAACUAUAAUAUUGACUAUUUAAAUAAAACUGAAUAAAAUUAAGAUGCUAUGAUACUUGAAAUUGGUAAGUAAUUGUAAUAAAUUAAUUAUCAAUUAAGUGAACAUGGAUUUAUAACUCUUUUCUCUUCGAAAUCAUUCAUGCAAAAAUGUUAAGAUAUAUGGAGUCAACAUUCUAUAUUAUCAUCCCUUAGUGUGAAUAAAGAAUUAUAAUGGAUUAAAUAUUAAAAUGUAUUUAUUUUAUUCUAAUUUUUAAUAGAAGAAAAGUAUCUACGAGAUUAUUCGUCUAUUUCUCAAUAAAUGCAGGUAGAAUUCAAUUGUUGGUGAUACAUUGCCUUCAAUUUACACUGUUUUUAAUGAUUUAUUUUUGGAUUAAUUAUAAGAAGCAAUUUAAUUGUAAUUAGAUUAUUAACGAAAAUAACCUUAAACAUUAAAAAAUUAAAGUUAGGUAACUGUGUUUUUGUUAGGAGUUCCAUGGACUAGUUAAUUUAUGUAUUAAUAGGAGAAUGGACAUGAAUAACUACCUUAGGUAUAAUUAAAUUUGAAAUUAGAGUGGUUAAAGAAUUUAAAAAAUAAUGUAAUUAAUUUAAAUAUUAAAGUAUGAUAGGAAAUAUUUUAGUAUGGUUAAUGCAAUCAGAAACAUUUCAAGAUUGUAACAUAUACUUGAUUAAUUAACUCCAUGUAAUUUAGUAGUUUUAGAUGAAAAAUUCUAGUAAAAAUUAUUAUGGAAAGAUUAAAAUUUUCCAAAUGUUGUUACAUUUUCAGAACUCAUAAAAGAUUUAGUGAAAGUAAAUAAUUAAUAUUAUAAAAAAGUAAGUACCUUCUUUGGUUAGAACAGAGAAUUUAAGUGAAAAUAGAAAGGAUACUUAGAUAAUAGAGACAAAAAAGUUUUAAACAAUAAAAUUUCAUAUUAAGUAACCAGUUUAAAUCUAAACAUCAAAGAGAAAGAUAAUGUUAAAUAAAACAUUAUUGGGAGAUAUUUAUAAUCCUUAAAAGAAAUCUUUUCCAGUUGAAUAACAAUGCGAAAAGAUAACAAUUGAGCAAUUAAUUGGUUAAACUGAGACUAAGAAUGUUAGCAAGACAGAAAAUUAAAUGGAUGAUUUAAAGUGUGUGAUUUGUUGGUCAAAUACACCUGAUAAAAUAAUGUGCAAAUCAGAAAAAUGUGGUCAUGUUGCAUGUUAAGAUUGUUGGAAAUAAUGGUUAUAAACAAAAUUAGAGUGUCCUUUAUGUAGAGCAAGAGUGAGAGAAAAGUUUCUGAUAAUAAUUUGA